UGGCAGAAUAAGAACAGCGACAGCUCAACAGCUUUGGGAGAAACAGAAAAUAGAAAGUAAAAAAAAAAUAUUUGUGACCUGUCUGACGUCACAUCCUUCGUGCGCUGUUUUGCUCGCAUUUCGGAGCCAGUUGGAGAAACGGAGCGGCAGCCGGGAGCGCAGCAGACGGUUGGAAGAUGGGGAAAAUCUACCAGGUUGUGGUUCAUGGACUGAGAGGGCAGAAGCUGAUGCUCGACCUCUGCAACACCGAGGAGCAGAUGAAGACGAUGACGGUGGGACAGCUGAAGGAGAGGAUCGCUGAGAAGCUCCCUGAGACCGCAGGAGAGGAAAACCUGCGGCUGAUCUUCACAGACAAGAUGUUGGAAGGAGACAAGUCUCUGCUGUCUGAUUAUGGAAUCCAGCACAUGUCCGUCAUCCAUCUGGUGAUCAGGGUGCCUGGAGGAGGGAGUCCAUAACUGGGACCAUCUGGACCUUCUUCUUUACCUGCUGCUGCUGAUGACUGCGAGGGAUCCUGUUAACUCUUGACUCUUGUUUACAAAUAAGAAAGCUUUAAUGAUUAAUAAAAAAAACAUAGAUAAUGUUUCAUAUGUGUGUUAAAAUGUAACAAAUAAUGUUUCAUAUGUGUGAUAAAAUGUAAUAACCCUCUUUUAUUCAGCUGUUUUCAACCAAAGUUUCUGUUGUUACAUAAAAUAAAGCUAUUUGAGGAAAUAAAAA